AUGCUGAAGGCCCAGACUGCCCGGGGAUGGGCGCGCGGAGCGGGCUGCAGCCAUGCCAGGCCCGUGGCCACGCGGGCCGUACGUGAUGGCGACAAGCCUGUCGGCGAGACCUUGGCGGCUGGCGGCAUGGCGCUGCUGAGCGCGCUGAGCCUCGCGGGCGCGGCGCACGCCGACGCCGACCCGACCUACGAGGUGGGCGCAACGCCGCCGCUGCCGCUGCUGUCCGCGCCGCCGGCGACGCCGCUGCCGCCGCCGCCGCCCCUCCUGCAAACGGCCUCCGCGCCCGCCCCGCGUCGGGACGGGCGCGCUGAAGGCGGCCGCCUCGCCUGCCGGCCGGCCCCAACCAUGGACCUGCCCGCCGGCGCCGCGCCCCCGCCAACAACGCCCACGCGCCGCGACGCCGCGCAGGCCCAGCAGGGCGGCGCGCCCGACGCGCCCGAGCGGAGCUCGGCCAUCCGCGAGCGGCUGGCAAAGGAGGCCGCCCCCGCCCCCGCCCUUGCUGCGGCGCCGGCGCCCGCAGCCGCCAAGCCCGCGCCGGCGGCGCCAGCCGCGGAUGGGGCCGCGGGGCCGGGGUUUUUUAUCGCCGGCUUGCUGGCUGGCGUGGCGGCCGUCGGCGGUGGCCUCCUCGGAGGCCUUCUCUUCGUGUCCCGGAGGUCUUCCUCAGAGGAGCCUGCUGAGGAUUUUGCGCCCAAGCCGUCCCGCAAGGCCCCCACCUCCGCUCCCAAGCGGUCCGCGUCGCCGCCGCCGUCCCGGCCCGCCUCCCCCAAGCCCGGCACCGCGCGCGUCGGCGGCGCCAAGGCGCGCGCGGCGCUGCCGGCGGGCGGCGACGCGCUGAGGGGGACCAUCAGGAAGGCAUUCAUAAACGAGGACAACCCCGACGAGCCCACCAACUUCACCGCCGCCGGCGUCGUCGGCCUCUCCGUCGUCGCCGCCGCCGCGAUCUUCGUCGGCUCCCCCGCGCCCACCACCACCGGCGGGUCCGUCAGCGACAAGGCAGAGGACGAACUGGUCCAGCUGGCAAAGGCCAAGGUCAAGGGCGAUGGGAUAGAGGCGAAGCGCAGCACGGGCGCAUACUCCUUCACGGCCCCGCCCGCGCCGCCCGCGCCGAAGGCGGAGGCGCCGGCGCCCAAGGCCGAGGCGCCCAAGCCCGCCCCCAAGGCGGAGGCGCCCCCGCCGCCGCCGCCUGCGCCCAAGGCCGAGACGCCGCCACCGCCGCCGCCGGCGCCCAAGGUGGAGGCGCCGCCGCCGCCUGCGCCCAAGGUGGAGACGCCGCCGCCGCCGCCCCCUGCCCCCAAGGUAGAGGCGCCCCCGCCGCCGCCGCCUGCGCCCAAGGUGGAGGCGCCGCCGCCGCCGCCGCCUGCCCCCAAGGCCGAGGUGCCGCCGCCGGCCCCCAAGGUGGAGCCGCCGCCGCCGCCGCCGGCGCCCAAGGUAGAGGCGCCCAAGCCCGCGCCCAAGGUGGAGACGCCACCACCGGCGCCCAAGGCCGAGGCGCCCAAGCCCGCGCCCAAGGUCGAGGCUCCGCCGCCGCCGCCCGCGCCGACCAAGGCCGCGCCCGCGCCCGAGGCGGCGGCCGCGCCCGCGGCCGCGCAGGCCGACGCCGUGGCGCGCGGGGCCAACCCCGUGGCGAUCAUCAUUGGCGCGACUGUCGUUCUGGUCGGCGCCACGGCGCUCCUCGGCGGCAGCAGCAAGGAGGGCGCCGCCGCCGCCGCCGACGCGGCGGCGCCGCCGGCGCCCGUGGCGGGCGGUUCGAAGGCCGCGCCCAAGGCCGCGGCCGCCGCCUCGCCCUCGGCUGCGCCGGCGGCGGUGGCGACUGCGGUUGCGCCUGACUCGGAGGUUCAAGUGGACGCUGAGUCGCUGCGGCGGGUGUUCGGGCAGCUGCUCGCCAACCCCUCCAGCCGGCGGCUGCUGGAGCAGCUGCUGCGCAGCGCGGACCAGCCCUUUGACGAGAAGGCCUUUGAGGCGCAGGUGAACGACCCGGGCUUCUUCAACGUGGCGAUUCUCCCCAUCCUCAAGCGCAUGCCGCCCGCCAAGCUGCAGGUGCUGGCUGCGCUGCAGGACGACGUCACCCUGCGUGAGACGAUGAAGAGCGUCGAGGGCAUCGCCGCGGACCCCUCAGCCCUCAAGCAGGUGGCGGCGACGCUUUCCACUGACAUCAAGGGGACCGUCCAGCGCAUCCGCAGCGACAGUGACAGCGACAAGGAGUAG